CGUGCGGGUCGCGGGUUUCCACCUGUGGCCUGGAGCUUCUUCAGUUUCUCCCUCUGCUUCCUCUUGAGCGUCUCUUCAUCCAUGAUGAAGGAGCUCAUUGGAACUUCACCGCCGCCCUCCAUGAUCCAACCAGAACCAGAGCAGGAGGCACAGGAAUGCUGGAGAUCAGGCACAAUUAAACAAAGGAGCUGAUGUUGAGGAAACUGGACAUGACUUACCUGAGAGGAAGAGGAGCUGGUUGUCCUGUCUGCGUAUGUCCACACACAUCUGAGUGAUGUUACAGUGAUCUCAGGACUGCAGACAGGGGGCGCCAGAGGUCAGCAAACACCUGCAGGAUGUGGGUAGACUUUCAGAGAGAAUGAAGGAGAGGAAAAAUAAGAUUCAGAUCAUCAGGUGAGUGUGAGACAUGGCGCUGAGAGCUGCUCUGCUGAAAAGUAUCUGGUACGCUUUCACGUCCCUGGACACCGAAGACAGCGGCAAAGUGUCCAAAUCACAGCUCAAGGUUUUGUCUCAUAAUCUUCACAGUGUUUUACGGAUUCCUCACGACCCCGCGGCCCUCGAGAGACACUUCAGUGAUGAUGAUGACGGUCCUGUAUCCACUCAGGGGUACAUGCCCUACCUAAACCAGUUCAUACUGGACAAGGUGACGGAGGGGACGUUCGUUAAAGAGGAAGUGGAUGAGCUAUGCUGGACUCUCUGCUCCAAGAAAAACUACCGUCCCGACACGCACCGGGUUUUGUCCAAUCAGGACGGCAUGCGGCUCUGGUGUCUUUUCAACUUUCUAGCGGACGGAUAUCCUCUCACACUCGUGCCGGAGGAGGCAGAGUAUCUGCUGAGGAAGAUCAGCAGCGUGAUGCCGGUGGAGCUGACCUGCGUGGAGCUGGAGGAGUUCCUGUCGCAGGACGCUGUGCAGAAGGACGGCCUGAGCGUCUGGAACUUCUUGGACGUGGUGAACUCAGCCGCCGUGAGUCGAGGAGUGGAUGGCGAGAGCAUCAGUGUAGCCGUGGAGAAGGUCUACAGGGAGAUGGUGGGGAACGUGCUGAAGGAGGGCUAUCUGUGGAAGAAGGGUCAUCUUCGCAGGAACUGGACAGAGCGCUGGUUCUGCCUGAAGCCUGGCUCACUCUCGUACUUCGUCAGCGAGGACUGCAAAGAUUGUAAGGGCGUCAUCGAGAUGGACCAGAACUGCUGCGUGGAGGUGCUGUCGGACAGGGACGGGAAAAGAUGCAUGUUCUGCGUCAAGACGCUCAACAAAACCUUCGAGAUCAGCGCGCCUGACUCCAGACAGAGACAGGAGUGGAUCACAGCGAUCCAGACGGCUCUGCGUCUGUCCGCGGAAGGCAGGGUGUCACUGCACGAGGAGCUGAAGGCACGGAGGCGGGAGCUGCGCGAAGAGAGGGAGAGGAGGCGUGCGAUGCGCGCGGAGGAGACGCGCAGGCUGCGGGAGCUGCAGGGAGAGCGUGAGGAGCAGUUGGCCGAGCUGGAGCUCCUGAAGGAGGCGCAGAGACAGGCUCGGGUCUCCUUGCAGCAGGAGGAGCAGAGGAGGCGCAGCCAGCAUGAGGAGCUGCAGAAAACCUUGCAGAGGCAGUUACAGGAGGCGCAGGAGGCACGGGCGAAUCUUCGUGCUGAGGUGGCGGUGCGAGAUCUGGAGGCUGAACACCAGCAGCGGAGAAUCAGAGAGCUGGAAGAUCUUCAUCACAGACUUCAGGAAGCUCUAGAGCAACAGAUCAGAGCACGACAGGAGGAAGAGACGUACAGAUACACACAGACCAGGCUGCUGGCCGAGGAGGAGGAGAAGGUGAAGUCUCUGUUGGCGCUGCAGGAGGAGCAAGAGGAGCAGCUCCAGCAGACCCAGCGUGAGAAGCAGGAGCUCAUGCAGGAGAUGGAGAGGAAGUCUCAGGCUCUGGAUGAUGCCCAACUUCAACUGGACAGAGUGCGAGCCAGCCGACGCAGAGUGGACCAGGACAUCGCGGCGGCGCAGCGCAAACUCCGGCAGGCCAGCACGAGCGUCAAACACUGGAACGUGCAGAUGAACCGCCUGAUGCACCCCAUCGGCCCUGGAGAAAGGAGAGCGUCCUCCAGUAAUCUCCUCGCUCCUCCGGUCCGCAACCCCUCGGUCAGCGAGACCGAAUCCAGACCUCCACCGAAACCCGAGAGGGAGAAACAGAACAGCCUCCACUAUGACGACACCAGCGGCGGAGAGAAUAUGGACUGCGGCAACAGUGAAAACGCACAGCCAAAUGACGCUGAAUAAACUUGAAAAAAUUAGUACAACUGACAUAGAAACUGUUCACUCAAUAAUGAAAACUAGCUGAAAAUGUACUCAUCUUUAGGUCAUCCAAGAUUAGGAUGAGUUUGUUUCUUCAUCACAUUUGGAGAAAUGUAGCAUUGCAUCACUUGCACACCAAUGGAUGUGAAUGGGUGCCGUCAGAAUGAGCGUCCAAACAGCUGAGAAAAACAUCACAAUAAUCCACAACCACUCCAGUCCAUUAGUUAACAUCUUGAGAAGACAAAAUCUGAAACAAAUCCAUCAUUAAAAAGCUGUUUUGAACUCUGCAAUCCAUAAUAACACUUCCUCCAGUGUAAAAAACAGUCUGGUCUGAAUCAGGAGAGAAAUUUGCAUCGUGUACAAGCCAAAACAGUCCAAAAUAUGUGGCAAAAACAGAAGAUGUUCUUUUUCACUUGAACUCUUAUUUUAACGGCACUCAUUCACAGCAGAGGAUCUGUUGAUGAGCAACUGAUGUGCAUUUUCAGCAGAUUUUUAUUUUGCGUUAACUAUUUCUUUAAGAAAUCGACUGUGAAUGAAGCAUAGCUGAAAUCAUAACUGAAACUGAAAUGUAUUGUGUUGUUGUUGUUGCUGUAUGACAGACCCAGGAUGAUUUUUGGUGAAGCAGCUGUGGUUUGACUUCCUGUUUCCUGUGUGAGCAGAAGAUGCUGUGUAGAUAAACUGCUAUCGCACUCACUGUCACGAAAGAAAAUAAAUGAGUAG